CUUCUUCGUGAGUCGCCACCGGAGAUCGCCUCUCGCCGGUCGACGAGAACGUCUUCUUUCUUCCUCCUUCUUUCCUUUCUGGAUUAUGUUGUCUGUCGCCGAUUCCCAUCGAGUUCGCCCUCCAGAUCCGCCAGAUCUAGCCCCGCCUGAUGCCGUUGCUUCUUCCGCCGCAUCUCCUCUAGCUUCUACGAGUUCUCCUCAACCUUCUCCGAGUUCUCUCCCUCCGUCAGUUCCCCCUCCUUCCGUAGCCCUAGCUCCUCAGUCCGCCGCCUCUGCUCAGGUCUCUCCGAGUUCUCUGCCUCCGUCAGAUCUGAGCUCGUCGGGAUCCCAGUCUCUCUCUCCCGCCGCCUCUGCUCCGGUUUCUCCGACAGCCUUAGCUCCAGCCUCGAUUCCGGAAAUGGUACCUUCUACCGCAGCACCUUCAUAUGCCGAGCGGUUCAAGGCGUCGUUAAGGAAUCUAAAAAAAAUCAAGUCUCCGGUUUGUGUCGAAGAUGGCACGCCUGUAGUUCAAGCUCCAGCCUCAAUACUGCUAAAGGCAGCAGAUCAAUGGAAAGGUCACAUUGUUGCUCAGUUCCACGGUCUGAUCCCUCCUCCUUCAAAGAUCUUCAACGAUCUGAACCCGGCUUGGGGAAAGUUCGGGAAUAUUCUGAUCCGUUCGGUGUCGGAUACGUCAUGCCUCAUUAUGAUACCGUGUAAAUCGACCAGGGAUUGGGUUUUACAGGUAGGGUAUUGGCAAGCAGGGAACUGUUCCUUUUCAGUUUAUCCUUGGUCUGUUGAUGCCUCGCUUCAUCUCCCAGAGUUGGAAUCUGCACCGACUUGGGCUAUUUUGGAGAAUGUUCCGCCGCAGAUGUAUUCUUUGGACGGCAUAAGCGUGAUUGCUAGUGCGAUUGGGGAGCCUCUUCACACUGAGAAGUCGAGGCUUGAUCCUUUUCACUUUGGCAACACAAAGAUUAAGGUGGAGAUUCCUCUUGACAAGCCUCCACCUACGACGAUCAUUGUCAGAGAUAGUCAAUUGAACUCAGUGAAGGUUAAAGUCUCCUACCCCAGACUUCCACCAAAUUGUUGUAAUUGUGGUCGGUUUGGACAUUUGUUGAAUAGGUGUCCCAAGCCUCUCAUGAGGAAACAACAAGCUAGGGGUCCGAAUGGAGGGUUUGUUCCAGGGGGUACUGCAGUUGCGGUUUCCUCAAUUCCUUUAGCUUCUGGAGAGGUUGCCUCCAAGUCUCGGGAUGGAGGUAAGUCUGAUGGUGAAGUGGGGUCUAGUCUGGCAGGGGUUGGUUUGAAGUCUAAUGUCAGGACUAGGAUAAGGGCUGGUUCUAGAAGGAGAUCCACGGUCAGAAGUAGAAGUUCUCCUCCCUUGAAAGAUAAAGACAGUCAUCGGAGUGAUGAAUCAAUGUCAGUUCAGACUCAGGAGACAGUUAAGGCUUGGAUAAAGGAAAGGAGUGAGAAGAAGCUUCAGGUGUCGCAGGUUUAUGAGGCUGACACUACUAAGGAAGAGAAUUGGAUUCUGGUGGGAGGGAAAAAUAAGGGUAAAGAAAAGGUUUCAUCUGAAGUGGCUCCCUCUGUUGGAGUGGUUUUUUCUAAGCCUGGGUUUGCUAUGGCAAGAAGAAUCAUUCCUGGUGUGAGAAGUGUCAAGAAGCUUGCAAAGUUGGAAGCUAAGAUGAUGUUUGUUAAGAAACCUAUUAAGAGGAACUACCAGCCUAAAGGUGUGAGGGAGGCUGGGGGUAAUGUAUCUUCUAAUUCUUCAUCUUCUCAGGAUAAUCGAGCUGACUCCUCGAGAUUUUUGCGGUCCUGGAUGAGGAAAAAUAAGCCUAUGUUGGGCAGUGUUUUGGAGACUCGGGUCUCAGUGGAAAAUUCGCAGCAGGUUUUUCAGGCGACAUUUCCAGGGUGGAGGAGGGAGAUGAAUUAUGAGUUUGCUGAGAAUGGUAGGAUUUGGGUCGUUUGGGAUCCUGCGGUUUCAGUUAUUUGUUUUCAUAAAUCUGCUCAGAUAAUGUUGUGUGGAGUCUUCAAUCCAGCAACAAAGGAGAACUUCUCAGUAGCUUUUGUUUACGCUUAUAAUACUCAGGUACAAAGAAGGGAAUUAUGGGAAGAAAUCUCAGGUAUUGUGCAGUCUUCUCCAGCAAGGUACUUGCCUUUGAUGAUUUUGGGAGAUUUCAACCAGAUUGUUUUUGCUAAUGAGCAUUAUUCUGUGCUUCCUCAUGAUCUACCUCUCUCUGGGAUGUCAGAGUUUCAUGAUUGCUUGGUGUCUAAUGAGCUGCAGGAUAUGCCUAGUAGAGGGACUCUCUAUACUUGGUCUAAUAAUCAACCAGAUGAUCCGGUUCUUAGGAAGCUGGAUAGAGUGUUGAUUAAUGAGCAGUGGAGUAGUACUUACCCAGAUUCUUUAGCAGUGUUUGACCCUCCAGGAGAUUCAGAUCACUCUCCUAUUUUGGUUAAUUCCUCUUCACUCAUUGGGAAAAGUGGAAAAUCUUUCAAGUAUUUCUCCUUUCUCUCUACUCAUGCAAGGUUUAAAGGUCUUAUAAGAGAUGCUUGGCAGGUUGAGGGGAGAAACUGUAUCAAGCUUUUGAGGGGUACCGAAGAUGAGAGAAUUCAGAAUGUUGAUCAGAUUAAAGAUAUGUUGGUGUCUUAUUAUCAUUCUCUCUUGGGCACUGAAAGUGUUGGAGUUGUUGCUAUGUCCAUUGAUGAGGUCAAGACUCUGCUUUCCUUUAGAUGUGACUCGGAGUUGAAUUCUCAGCUUCUUAAAGUUCCCACAGUUGAGGAGAUUAGAAGGGUGGUGGCGACAAUGCCAAAGAAUAAGGCUCCUGGACCAGAUGGCUUUCCAGUUGAGUUCUUUUGGGAGGCUUGGGAGAUUGUUGGUCAGGAUUUGGUUGAGGCUGUACAGGGGUUUUUUAUUUCUGGGUUCUUACCAAGGAAUUUUAAUGCCACAGCGAUCACGUUGAUUCCCAAGGUUCAGGGAGCAGAUAAACUUCAGCAGUUCAGGCCUGUUUCAUGUUGUACUACUGUCUAUAAAAUCAUUGCUAGGCUGCUGAAACAGAAGCUGAAAUUGUUCAUCUCAGAUGCAGUCCAGGGGAAUCAGGUGGGGUUUGUUCAGGGGAGACAUCUUUGUGAAAACGUGCUACUUGCCUCGGAGCUGGUCACCAACUUUCAUUCUGAAGGUGUCACGACUCGGGGUUGUCUUCAGGUAGAUUUGGCCAAAGCGUAUGAUAAUCUUGACUGGCAGUUCCUUUUGAAUGUUCUAAAUGCUAUUGAAUUGCCUGACAAGUUUGUGGGAUGGAUUAAAGAAUGCUUCACUACUCCUUCUUUUAGUGUUGCAUUUAAUGAUACCAAUGGCUAUGACCUCUUUGAUCCCUUCAAUCCCCCACAAACAACCAUGCUUCCUUCUUUCACUACUCACAUUCAAAGCCCUAGUUCUCACAAUCACUACUCUUCGCCUUCUUUUCCUUUCUCUCCAGAUUUUCUUGACAGUUUUGAUGAAUCCUUGUUGAUAAACCAAUUCUUGUUACAGCAACAAGAUGCAGCAGCAAAUGUUGUUGAAUCUCCAAGAAAACUUUGCAAGAAGCUUCAGCUUAAGAAGAAUAAUGAGAAGUGUGUUGAUGGAACCAUUUCAGAACAAGUUCCACGGAGAAGAAUGGCCAAAAAGAGGGACAGACAUAGUAAGAUCUGCACGGCUCAAGGUCCUAGAGAUCGGAGGAUGAGGCUGUCUCUUCAGAUUGCUCGCAAGUUUUUCGAUCUUCAAGACAUGUUGGGUUUCGACAAGGCGAGCAAGACGAUUGAAUGGCUUUUCUCCAAAUCAAAGGGUUCCAUCAAACAACUUAAAGAAAGAGUGGCUGCAUCGGAAGGAGGAGGAGAGGAUGAACAUCUCCAGGUUGAUGAAAAGGAAAAGGAUGAGACAAUGAAGGUGAGAGUCUCAAAGAGAAGAACAAAGACUAUGGAGAGCUCUUGUAAGACUAAAGAGUCGAGAGAGAGAGCUAGAAAACGAGCAAGAGAGAGAACAAUGGAAAAGAUGAAGAUGAGAUUAUUUGAGAACUCGGAAACAAUUUCAGAUCCUCAUCAAGAAACUAGAGAUCAGAUCAAGAUAACCAGUGGUGUACAAUCACUAGAAAGGGAAAAUAAAGAACAAGAAUGGAGUCAUACUAAUGUGAACAUGGUAGAGUAUCAAAUGGAUUCUGUGAGCAUCAUAGAGAAGUUUCUUGGACUAACCAGCGACUCUAGCACCUCUUCCAUCUUUGGUGACUCCGAGGAAUGCCACACAAGUCUUAGCUCAAUAAUAGGUACUACUUCACAAGCAGGAAUGUCGACACCAAGGGAACACAACACAACUUCAAUAGCAACGGUAGAUGAUGAGAAAAGCCCUAUUUCAUCUUUCUCUCUAUAUGAUUAUCUCUGCUACUGAUGAUCAUGAGUCUCCACCUUAUGAGGUAUUUGGACUUUAUGAUCUAUGCAUCAACAUUAGAGCCUCAUGAGCAGAAUCUAUUAUAUAGAAAUGUAGCUAGUGAUUUGGUGUGUGAACGAGAGGGUUUGGUCAGCCUAAUUUGUUUGAGGCUUUGGACUGCUUGAUUGAUGGAUAUCUAUAAAAUCUAAAUUCUAUU